AUGAAACUUUUCAUUUUUAUAUACUCAGCCCUUUUCGCCAUUUCCCAUAAAAAGAACUUCUCGGCAUCGGUGAAGCUUCCCAGAAGCACUUGCAGUAGUGGUUGCAAGAGCGGGCGCAACAGUGAGCGCAGCACGAGUCCCCUGCCACUACUAGUCCAUUCUGAAAGGCUCAUUUCCACAAAGAGGAAGACCCCGUGGAGCACCCGGGGGAUGUACUUUAUUCGCAACUCAUUUCAUCGCAAGGGAUAUCAUUUUUUUCACACGCGUCAAGUGGACAGAAACGUGGCCAAGGCGAAAACACUUCAGUGCAACAUGGAGACGAAUAGCAGCUUACCUAAAUGGGACAUGCCGCCCAAGGAGGGGAAGAAAAUCACGGGUUUGCUUGUGAACAACUCGCUCACACGAAGCAAGGUGGAGUUCGUUCCGCAGGAGAAGGACCAAAUCAGAUGGUACGCAUGUGGACCCACGGUGUACGACGCAGCGCACCUGGGUCACGCGAGGACAUAUGUCAGCUUCGACAUCAUCCGGAGGAUUCUCGUGAAUUACUUCAAGUACGACGUUUUCAUGGUGAUAAAUAUAACAGAUAUCGAUGACAAAAUUAUUAAAAGAAGCGAAGAGGAGAAAGUAAGCUUCACAGAAUUAGCCAGAAAAUGGGAAUUGGAAUUUUGGGAAGACAUGAAAAAGUUGAAUGUCCUCCUCCCGACAGCCAUCACCAGGGUUAGCGAAUACGUUGAUCAAAUAAUUCAUUAUAUAGAAAAAAUUAUUGAAAAUAAAUAUGCCUAUGUGAGUGAAGAAGGUAGUGUAUACUUCGAUAUUGAUGCGUUUAAAAAGAAUCCAAAGCAUUUUUACGCGCGCAUGGAGCCACUCUCUGUGAAGGACGAAACGAAAAUUUUGGAAGGAGAAGGAGAUCUAGGAGUAAUAUCAAAGAAGAAAAAAAAUUCGUACGAUUUUGCUCUGUGGAAAUCAUCCAAACCGAAUGAACCGUAUUGGAACUCUCCGUGGGGAAAGGGAAGACCAGGAUGGCAUAUAGAAUGUUCAACAAUGGCUAGUAACAUUUUAGGAAGUGUUCUUGACAUACAUAGUGGAGGAGUAGAUCUUCGAUUUCCACAUCAUGACAACGAAUUAGCUCAAAGUGAAGCAUUCUUUGACGCAAGUCAGUGGGUCAAUUAUUUUCUUCAUUCGGGACAUCUACACAUAGAAGGUUUAAAAAUGUCCAAAUCCUUAAAAAAUUUUAUAACCAUAAAACAUAUGCUAAGUCAGUAUACCCCUAAUCAAAUUCGUAUUUUAUUUUUACUGAACAAAUGGGAUAACUUUAUGAAUUAUAGUCCAAAUGGAGAAAGCAUGAUACAGUGUGUAGAAAUUGACAAAUUUCUGUUUAAUUUUUUUGCUUUACUGGAAAUGAAAAUAAAGAAUUUCCACCUAAGUAACUCCAAUCUAUUCUGGACCCAAGUAGACAACAAUCUGAACAACCUAUUCCGUUCAACAAAGAACAAAGUGCAUCAAGCUCUUCUGGAUAAUUUCAACACGCCUGAAGUUAUCUUAGCGCUACAGAAGCUAAUCACCGAAAUUAAUAUAUACUUACAAAAUGAGAAAGUUCAAAUUGGGCUACUUCUCGAGUUGAAGCAUUAUAUCUCCUUCAUACUGGAUACCUUCGGAUUGGUAUAUGGUCAAACGCAAAGUGGGAAAAAUGAAAAAUUUGAUGAACUUUUACAAACGCUUGGAACGUAUAGAAGCAACAUUCGGACGACACUACAGAGCAAUGCUAAACUAAUUAGGAAAAUUAUGAAAGACACAAAAGAUGUCACUAAAAAAGGAGGAGAGGAAGAUGAAAAUAAUUCUACUACCCAACAGAGGGACCUACUUUACGCUGAAUUUGUUAACAGUGUGAAGGCUAACAAUGAGACUUUACUAAAGGAGUGUGAUUUGCUACGAGAUGAACGUCUACUAAAUUUGGGGAUACUCAUCGAUGACCGACCCAAUAACGAAUUCGUUGUCAAGGUGCUUGAUGAGAACCAACUGCAGCAGGAGAAGCGGAAGCGCGAACAAGAACUCAGUAAGAGGAAGGGCAAAAGUGACCACAACGAAAAGCGGGAGUGA